CCUCAUUUGCAUAAAGUUGAGAAAAAAUCAAAUUGAUCGCUUCGCGUCGCUACCCACAAUGCACCACGCAAGCGAUUCGCCACACUCCAUAGAAAAUUUAAGGAAAACAUGUUGUCGCUCGCAUCGCGUCGCUGCAGUGUGAAUGCAGGGUUACUCUGGGUGGUGAAAAAACUUCUGAUACAUCUCUUCUAUUUGGGUGACAUUUUCCUAUCUACAAAGCACAAAAGGGUCAAAAAUAUCAAUGCUGGGACCAAGCGAUAUAGUAACAUGAGGCUUUAUUAUUUCCUGGCGUAUUUAGUAGUUUACAGUGUCAGACUACUGACUCUUUCUGCAAGUCAAGAUUUACGAAGUGUUUCUGACUCUGCAACUUCAGCUAAUUAAAUGACAUAAUCUUGUCUCGCAGGCUCGAGGGCUUAUUGAUUAACUUGGAAAUUUAUUUUUCACUUUUCUGGGCGAUGAACAACGUUUUGCAAAAAUAUAGUGCAAAAUAUUUUUUUCGGAAUCGAUCCAAAUUGCAGGACAAAGGGGUUCGCUAAAAUAUUGGUGGGGACAAUUUUGUCAUCUUAAAAUAUUGGUGGGGAAUAGUACCUAGCGUCCCCCUAAACCUACGCGAUAGGGGACCCCUUAAUCUGCAAUUCACUAUUGCUAGCUCUAAUCAGAUGUAUGCUAAUUAGAGAAGACAAUUUUGUAUGCCAACGAACACCAGUAACUAGAACUAAUUUGACAGACUGUAAACCAACUGACUUGGGUAUGAUACACGUGCUCUCGAGCUAGCUUUAGUAAAGUGUUGCUUUCGUUAGAUAGACAGUCUAGCUCUAACUGCAUUUAGAAUCGAACAAGCUAUAAUCUUACGACAAACUUGAUAUAAAGCUGGCUAUAUAAAAUACCACUAAUAACAAUUGAUAUGUGGUGGUAGAUAUAUGAAAAAAUGCAGGAUUUUCAUCAAUUUACCAGCUAACUUCGGAGACAAUAAACACGAAUGGGGUUGAAUGGUGGAAAAUUCAAUGUUUGGAACAUGUGACACGCUUUACUUCCUUAUUCUUUGAUAACAAUGGAAGUGUCGCAACUCUCUUUUUAUAUGGCUCUGGUCAAACCAGUCAUAGUCUGUGGACAAUAAGUGUACUGUAGGCCUCUGUGACCAAGAUUGGGCGUAUACAUGAACGGUAUUGUGUAGCCUAUCAUUGUUUUGCUCGAUCCCUAUCAGAGGGUAGGCCUACUCAUGGAUCAUUCUGUUAAGACCAUUUAAUGGAGUGUAGGCUAUAAUGUUUCCGGUGGCAAUAUCUGAGACAAUUAAACAUGCCUUUAUUGAUUGCCUACUUUGCUUAGCAAUAUCAGGUGGCUCUUUUAAAAUAAAAGGAUUAGGCAUGUUGAGUUGACCUAAAUGCGUGAAAGUUGGGAUACACUUGAGAACAGAUCUUGGUCAUGGGGUAUCCGGUCAGGUUUUCCCAGGAAGAGGGUAUUGAAAUAUAAUGGAACCCAUUGUAAGGCCUAAGCCUAUCAAUUUCACUAAUUGUAUUGCACUUUAAUUCAACACACAUUUAUAUUGCAUUUGAUCAUUUCCAACAAUAGAAUAGGAUGUUUUGAUGAACAAAUUGUGAGACAUGCAGAUGCGAUAUAAUCGUAUUUAAAAAUAACAAGUUUACCGUGACAGUGUAACUAUAGGCUAUCGUUCAGAAAUGUUAUUGUAUUAGACUACAAUGGAAUUUGAAUUUAACAAUAGCGUAUCGUUACACUGGGAUAGGUCAUUCCCUCAUGGAUUUGAGCAGAUCGUCACAUUUUAUAGAUGUCGGAAUUGUGUGUCCAGAAUAGACUAGGUCUCAAACUCUGAAAAGGUAACUUAAGGAAAGUACAUCGCCAUCCUGCCAAAUCCUGGCCUUUGUUCCCCCCAAAAUAAGAAUGGUACUUGUAUAAUUUUCAGGUCAGGUAUAUCUUCUACAGUAACUGAUAGGGUACCACCACAAAUGAAUAGAAAUGUAAAUGUCACUUUGACAACAGAACUAAAAAUACACCAUAAGACUAUGCUAAUUUCACUGUUAGCCAAGUCAUAAAGAGGGCCAGAUGUUGCCAUAGACAAACAUUUCCAUGAAGCUGUCAACGCAGAGAGACCAAUUCUACCCAGUCCUCAGCAAGGCUGUGUACUAAAAGAGCCAUUGUGGAUUGAACCAUUGAAAUUUGAUUCUGGGUUUUUUCACUCUUGAAAAAAAUGGCUCUUACCAUGAUAAAGCACAUGGAUUAAAAUAUCUGCUGACUGUUGGACAUAGAGCUUCAAGCAUUGGAGGACAAUGCACUUAACUUCAACUCCACAUGUAGCCUAUACCAUCGCUAUUUAAUUAAAUAAUGUAUUUUACUUUAAUUAUAUAGGCUACUAGGUAAAACGGAUUCCACCCUGAUGGGGACAGAUAUUCUUAGUUGGCUACUGCUUUGAAAAGAAGGAUGGUCUCUAACUGGUCUGUAAGAUAUUGGAUAUUUAGCAGUGACGUUUUUUCAUUGUGUAGUCGAGAUUGAAUUAAUGUUUGGACCCAGUCAACACAAUUUACUAGAACCAUGGCAAGUCAACGAGGACAACGGUUUGGGGUCUCCAUGUCUGAAACUCAAUAUGUAAAUUUUCAGUGACAUAACAAGCGGUAUAUAGGCCUAGGACGCGAGAAAGUAAUUUCAGCUAAAUGGCCAAGAUACCAAAACGAUUUUAAACACUGUGAUGCUCUAAAGAGGAAUAUAUUUAAUAACCGACUCUGUAAACAUUUAAUUGGCAUGUAGUUAGAGGAGUUUACCUAUCCACCUAAUUUGCAUCAUAUCCACCGGCUUAUUGCAACAGGUAACGCACUUUGCCUUUCCUAAAUGCACUUAUAGCGCACAGUGCAAACAAUUACGCUACUCUUUUCGGACGUUGGAAGGUUAAGGAACCAUGGAGGAGGACGGGGGUCUGGAUAUUAUGUGUUUGAAUAAAUAUUGUAACAGUUCCUCGUCAUCUUCCAGUUCGGGGCGAGAAAAUAAAUUUUUUACCCAGUUAAAAGUUUGCUUGACAGAGGACUACCCAAGAAAGAACGCGGAGAUCCUCAGCGGUCAGUACGGGACUAACUUGUUUUUAGUCGGCUUAUCGUUGAUGCUGGCUAUAGCAUACGAAGGAGCAUCAGUGAAGGAAGAGCACCUGCUGUCGUUUAUUACAACUCUCAUGAUCCUGCAACUGGUAUGGAUGAUGUGGUACGUCGUGGUGCGAGACAGACACAAUAAUGUACCGGUGGAUAAAGAUGUACACGCGACUACCUGUUGGGUAAGAGGUGGAUUAACUGUUCUGGCUCUCCUGGCUUUGAUUAUGGAUGCCUUCCGUAUUGGCUAUUAUGUGGGCUACCACACGUGCAUAUCGGAGGUGCAUGGAGUAUACCCCGUCAUUCACGCAACUCACACCAUAGCACAAGUGCAUUUCCUUUGGUUUCACAUCAAAGAUGUCAUCAAAACGUUUGAGACCUUUGAAAGGUUUGGUGUCAUCCAUGCAGUCUUUACCAACCUCCUCCUCUGGUGCAACGGUGUGAUGUCAGAGUCAGAGCACUUCCUGAGCGACCACAUUAGAAGAGUCUCAGCCAUGGACUAUCCAAAUCUUACCAUAGUGCUUUCCGAACCAAUUUGCAACUGCACCACCAGCUCCUGCGGCAUAUUUUCCAACAGCCUAUACUAUCUGUACCCAUUUAAUAUCGAGUAUCACAUAUUUGUCUCUGCCAUGCUCUUUGUCAUGUGGAAGAACAUAGGACGCAAUAUCGACCUCAUGUACAAUCGGAAGAGGCCAGCGACGAAGACCCAAGGCCUGGUGAUAGGCCCUCUUCUAGGCCUGCUUGCGCUGGCCAGUACCAUUGUGGUGCUGGUGAUGUACAUCAUCCACAUAGAGGAAUCAAUUUAUACCAGGGAGUUGGCUGUGUCCAUGUUCUACUGUUACGGCAUAGUUAUUCUGGUGUUCAUGUGCUCAGCCGGGGUAGUAGGUCUGGUCAUCUACCGAGCCGAUCAAACCCCCAUGGACACGUCCAAGAACCCAUCGAGGCAGCUGGACAUGGAGCUUCUCUUCAGUUCCUCCGUGGGCUCCUGGCUCAUGUCGUGGUGCAGCGUGGUGGCCGUGUCAGCCUCUAGCAGCAGUCUCCCUUACCGCUGGACCAACCUGAUGUACUCUCUCCUGAUAAUCCUGGAGAAGUACAUACAAAACCUCUUCAUCAUCGAGUCCCUGUACCGCCAGAGGGAGGAUUUCGAGAGGGAAGAUCCCGAACUGCCAACUGCUCCAGAGAUCUUCUCAGUCACCUCCUCUCUGACGCCGUCCUACAAUGGUAUCAUCAACCAGGCAUACGAAACUCCAGACAAGAGUUGUGUGACCUUGGAGAAUGAGCAGGAGGAGAAUGGACAGGUAUACGGGUGCCCGCGGAAACAAUCUGAAGUGACCCUGCCCGUAGUUACCGAAGUUGUGGAGACCCCAAACAGGAAGAGGCAGGUUCUAAAGAACAUUUCAGUCUUCCUCCUCAUGUGCAACAUCUCACUAUGGAUCCUCCCUGCCUUUGGCUGCCGACCCCAAUAUGAUAACGGACUGGAGCAGGAGAUAUAUGGCUUCAACAUAUGGAUCACAGUUCUCAAUUUUGCCAUACCAAUGAACCUCUUCUACCGCAUGCACUCCGUGGCCUCCCUCUUCGAAGUGUUCCGGAGAGUGUGACUGGGGUAGAGCAAGCUAAGCCUCACACAUGAGACAACAAGCACAAGAACACUUGUCACCUUAGGCUGCAAAGAAGGCCUUUUGCAAACACAGGUCACUCAUUCAGGAGAUGUUGUGGUCACACUAACACUCUUAAGUCGGGAGACCACAUCAGAUCUCUACUGUUUAAAAUGAGCUAUUCACACUAAUAUUGUAUCAUUAUAACUGUACUGUAUGCAACCUAUAGUAAAGCAACAAAUGACUUUGGAAUGACUUUUACAGUGAGAUACCCCCCAUUGGAAGGUUUAUCUAAAUGUUAAGGUUUUUCCUUUCGUAUUUAGUGACGGUUUACUACUUUCUACUACAUGUUAUGACAUUUUACAAAUACUUAAAGUAUAUUAUGCCCUCUGUAAGAUUGUGCCUUCCAGGAAAUAGUGUGGUGAAUCAACCAAACUUGAAUUCCAUCUCAGAAAACAAGAUUCUUACAUCUUGGAAUUGAGUUACAAACUAAACAUGAUCAUGAUCAAGUUGCCAAACAUCUCUCACUUUGAUUAUUUUAUGUUAUAACAAUUGUACUGUGAGGAUGGCAUGUAACUGCAAAAGCCUUUUUAGUUUCCCUUUUGUGUUUGUUUGUAUGAAAUGUACACGGAUAAUGUUCUCAUUAGUGAUUAUGAACAGGAUACACAACACACUGUGGUACUUGAACUACAAGGCUGGUACGAGUCUUAGGACAACACUAUAUUUGUACUAUAGUUCUCAGAAUCUUUCAGUAUAGCGUGUAUUAGCUGACGUGAUCAAUCACAAGAUUUCAUUCUAUGGGUUGCUAAUUGCCUAACAUUCAGUUGAUAAAAGUACAAUUAAACCGAAUGGAACAUUGGCAUUUCUGUUCAAUAUUUAAUUUGUGUAGGCCUUAUACUCAUUAUUUUGGCUUCAUCUCUCUAUACUGGUUUAUAAUCAUUCCAAUGGCCAAAUCUCUCCUAUGUCAUUUACAGUUACCAGAUAAGAAUAUAAAGUUGAGAGGCUUAAUUUGAAAAUAAUAUUGGAAAUGGUCCUACACGUAUUUCAUAAAUAUUCAAUCAAAUAAUGAGUUGUAAUGAGUGAACAAACUGACACUAUUUUUGGCACUUUCUCUUCAAUAUGUUUAUUGUAAUGGUUAUAAUCCUAUGUUAUUUUUUCCUAAUUAUAUUUUGCCAUAGUGCAUUUAAACUACAUUUACACAAAAAGCAUUGUCUACCUUUUUCGUAAUCCGGUGUAAGAUGUGCUUGCAGACCCAACCUCCCUCAGUUUAUAUGAAUGUUUAAUAAUCAACGCUGGUGAAGGGACUCUUCAGUCGAGCACACAGGGACUGGAUUCUUUCUGCUCAAAUGUAUAUUUUGUUGACAAAUAAAUUUGAAAAUUUA